AUGGAAGACAGACCCGAUGCUACAUCAAGUGGUGUCAUCCGUGGGACUUUGCAACAAAUAGCUAGCGCCAUCACACCAGCAAUUGGAGCAAGUCCGUUCGCGAGCAUACAAAACCAUGAAGGCCCAGAAGCAACCCUGCAAGUUGCUACUGUGGUGAGACACCAGAACGUAGUCGCCGGAAAGAUUAUCAGCGAUGAGGGAAUGAAUCUGCAAGGUAAAACGACAAAAGAAAUGAAGUUAGAAGAAUUUGAAGCAUUCAAAAGCUUUAGGGCUAUGAGGAAAUUGCAAAGAAAAAGACAACUCUAG